AUGGCCUUAAGUGCACCUCAUUUAGUAUGUACUAAACAGUGGCGGCGCGUGAUAUUCGAGGUCUUCCUCGGUGGUUCUUCGUUCGCGGAAGGCGCCUUGACUCCGGACAAUGGCCAGCCAUCUGCAUGUCGUGCUCCAUACACGGACGAGACCUUGCCAUCCACUAACAGUAACGCCAGUUUAAGAGGCUUUACUGGAUGCAGGAAGGCUCCACAAAUAAAAUAUGUGACUAGAAGGCGACGGAGAGGUGUAGAGAUGAGGCGUGCGAGUGAGAUGGAUGGACUGGAUCUCGGUGUGUGGGAGCAGGAUGCAAAUAGAGCCUUGGUUAUCUGA